UACAACACAACUCAGUCCGGACUGAAAAGAACCAGAACCAGCGCGGAUUAAUAACACAGACACAGCAUGGCGCCUCCACACACGUUAGUGGGUUAUAUUUUACCGGAUAAGGAGGAGGACAGGGUGAGGAAUGAAGACUCUGAGUCGGAGGAUGAAGAGGAGGAGAGACAGCCGGAGUUCCUGGAUAUGAAGGAGAUGGACUCGGUCUCCUGCGGGGGCUUCAUGCUGCAGUCCUCCGUCCCCCCGCUGACUGAAGUGGACUUCAUGACCUCCAAGCAGAAGUACAGGAUUCAAGGCCGGUUUGCUCUUAGGGAUCCAUGGUGGGAGAUCUCUUGCUCUGCCAGCAGACUCAACAGCAAGUUUGUGAUGAAAGGAUACCCCUCCUACAGCCUCCGGAUACUUCGGCAAGAAGAGGGACGCAGUAUUGUGUCUUUGUUCCUAAAGGCUUGUGGUGUAGACUCUGAUUUUGUCACUCGGUUCAUGCAGUGGUUGCCAGUAGACAGACAUGUGGACCUGACUAAUGUGGAAGAGGCUCUGAAUGACUUUGGAAAUCAGUCUAAAGAGAAUGGAGAACAAGUCGAGUCUGAUGUUUUGCAUAGAAUCUCUAAAUCAGAUGCAGGAUUUUAUGUGAGAGCUGCCAGAAUGUACCCUCAUGUCAUGAGGUACAUGCCAACAUUGCUACCAGGAAAAUUUUUGAAAUUGCUAAACAAAGAGAAAGAAGUGGAGAUUCAGAAAAGGUCAGAGAACACAGAGGACACUCUGGACACUCAGGAGACAGCAGAUGUACAGGGUCUUCCAGAGAAACAGAAGGAUGAAUCCAUCUUAGCCAAGCUGGAGAACCUGAUCAAGACGACUGUGUGGAAGUUAGGUUUUGGCUAUAUUAUGUGGAAGGAGUUCCAGUUAGUGAGGUGUGAAACCAGAGUGGAGGCAUUUAGAGACUGCAAGCUGUUCUCCACUAUUCCUCGUCUGCAGCGGGAUGCCCUGGUGUUGUACGAUGAUCUUAAGAACUUCUGCAGACAGAAGGGCCACACCUACAUUGACCGUGAAAAUCUGCAGGAGAGUAUGAGGUCCUGCGGGAUUCCAGAAGUGAAUACUUGGGAAGCUGUGAACUUUCUCCGGAAUCAAGGCGUGCUAAAGGUGGACAAGCAGAAGAUUGCCCUCAGGAACCUUUACAAGUACGAGACAGAAAUCGUCGAGUGCUUGUCUACAGUAGCGAUGGCGGAACCUUGGAAGAUUGACCUGGACGUGAAGGAGGUUCUCAGUUCUGCUCAGCGUAUGAGAAUGAGAGCUAAAGCUGAAUUGGAAAAAGAACAGUCAUCCUCUGCACAGAAUGGAGAAGAGCAUGCUCCUCUUGAGCCUUUACCUGUACUGGACUCCUCCUUAGACUUUGACGAUUCAUUUGACGAAGAAUUUGAUCCCACCCCUGUAGAGCUGGACCCUGAUCAGGUGCGAGCAGCAGAGAUGAUGUGUGCGAACCCGGUGACGGUGAUCAGUGGGAAGGGGGGCUGUGGGAAAACUACAGUGGUCAGCUUGAUUUUUAAAGCUGCUGUGGCUCAACAAGAGAGCAAAAAAGAGAAAGAGUUAGAGAUUAACAGCAGCUGUGAGGGAAAUAAGGAGAAUGGUGCACAGUCUCCCCAAGAGGUUCUUCUCACUGCUCCCACAGGCCGAGCUGCAUCCCUUCUCACCAAAAGAACCAGCUUCACUGCUUACACCAUGCAUCAGGUGUUGUGGAGUUUCAUGAGUACAAAAAAAAGCCCAAGUGGAGAGCCAAUGAACUGGAUGUUUGCUAAAGUUCGGGUGCUGGUAGUGGAUGAGGGCAGUCUGGUGUGUGUUCAGAUCCUCCACUCGCUCCUCUCUAUGCUCACCAAAUACGCAAAGCUGCAGAAAUUCAUCCUGCUUGGAGAUAUCAGGCAGUUGCCCAGCAUUGAUCCAGGGAACACUCUAAACGACCUGUUUGAAAGUCUCCAGAGGGUGAGAUGGGCCAUUGAAAUGCGCACCAAUCAUCGUGCUGAAUCUGAGCUCAUUGUCCGCAACGCUGGAUUAAUUGCAGAUAUGGGUCUGAAGAAAACAUAUUAUGAUCUGGAUUUUGAUGAGGUUGUGGACCUGAGUGAGACAUUCAGAGUGCCUUCACCUGACAAGAGGUUCAUUCUCAUCCUCCUUCCAAGAGAAGAAAAUGACGACGAUCUACAGAUGGCUAUAAAACAAUUGCUGCAAAGACCAGCCCCUGGGCUAAAAGAUGAUCGGUCUUCACAGUUUGUUGCUUUUAUGAGGAGAGAUUGUGAUUUGAUCAAUGAGCUUUGCUGCAAGCAUUAUUCAGAUCAUACUACAAAAGAUUGCAAAAAAAAACUAAACUUUCAGGUUGGUGAUAAAGUUUGUUGCACAAAGAAUGGCUAUGUGACAGAUAUAGAUAAAGAAAAAGAGAUCAAAGACAUGGAGAAAGAUACCAAAGAAAUGCAAAAGAAAGAGCAAGCGAAAGAUACUGCGCAAACACAAGAGAAUGAGCAAGUGAAAGAUACUACGGAAACGCAAAAGAAUAAGCAGGCAAAAACACGAUUGUGCAAUGGGCAAAUUUUCUUUAUUAAAGAGGAUCGCACUGUAGAGGACGCUGGUAAACGGGGCAGUAAGAGACGGCAACUGCUGCUGGCUGAUGAGACUGGUGAAGUGGUGCUGAAAGCUGACUACAGGGAGCUGCAGAGAGAGUGCAAAUUACGCCACGCCUGGGCCCGAACCAUCCACACUUUUCAGGGCUCAGAGGAGAAGACUGUUGUGUAUGUAGUUGGGAAUGGCAUUUGUCAAACCUGGAAACACGUCUACACAGCAGUCACACGUGGUCAGCAGCGUGUGUAUGUUGUUGCGAAGAUCGGUGGCCUAGAGCGCGCCAUUCGUGGACACGUCAUCAAACGCAGCACUAGACUAGCUGGCCUUCUCACAGAUAUGAUCGGCAAGCUAAAGCAGACACGGGACGAUUUGUACACUCAGACUAGCCAGUCUUAUCUGGGAACUCCAAAGCGAGGCUCCAGCAUUCUCCCAGGUCAGUCCACUCUAUGGUCUUCACCAGGACCGUCCCAGGCUUUUUGUAGCACAAAGAGCAAGUAUGCAGAGCAAGUAUGCACCCACAAUACUGCGGAAGAUAUGAUUUAUGGAAACAACACCUUCCAGUCAGGAAGUCCAAGUGUGUCCAAGCGUCAUAACAAGUCUGACAACUGCGAUACACCAACCAAACAACAAAAGACGGCUGCAGUGGAAUCCCCACUGGGUUGUUCCCAACUGGAGCGCCUGUCUCUCGCUAGCAGUACUCCAAAAGCCCAUGCCAGAAAGCUUUUUCCAGGAGCCCCUCAGAUUACUGAAGACCAGCCACAAUAAGCAAGUAGCACAAGGAGAACCCUACAAAAAUCAGAAUUUACUUUUACCCAGAACUACAGAAUGACAGCUCUUAUAUUUUGGGGUUAUUGUCAUUUAGUAUUAGUAUUAUGAGAAAAAAUAUUAUGUGUGUCAUGAUAUGCCACUCACUAUAAGCCUCUUAAGCGUAAUGUCUGUCAGAAGUUGUGUAUCUAAUUUUCUUUAAAAUCAAUAUCAAAAAUAUCUUUAGCAGCUACUGGUUUCUGGACAGAUUUGUGGCUAUAUUACUUAACGGCUAGAAUUUGUAUUUUAUUUUUAAUAGUUUCAGCCAUGUUUGAACUUUGAGAAACCCCUGCAUGGACAAUAAGCUUGAGGAGAUGAUGGUAAAUUUAAGUUUACUGGUGCCAUCUACAGGGCAGAGUGGGUCAGUGUAACGUUUAUCACUUCAAUUUUCUGACUGUUUCAGGCUACAUUUGAACAUAGAACAUUAAGAUAUAAAACUUAAAAUUGAAAUCUUGUAACAAAAUGUGAUGGUAUAAUGCAACUUACUUUUGUUACAAGAUUUUUUUUCUUUUUUUUUUCAGAAAAUUGGAAAAAUGUAUAAAAACCUAUUUCUUCUGUACUACAGCAAAUAGUAAGAGUUAAAUACGAAAGAGGUUUUACUCUCUAUUUCCUAUAAUGGUCAGACAAUUCAACUGAAAAAUGUUACACUGACCCAGAGUAAGUAAUGUGCUUAAUGUGUCCUUUUGUGUCCUGUUUCAGAAAAUAUAGUUUUGUUCAUUGAAUUCAUACUUUGAGGCUGGUACAUAAUUUUUAGGAGACUUUCAUAAAAAAAAUCUGUUUUCCAGAUGUGUGAUUUUCUUGUCAUUAUCUUCAUAUUAUGGUGUUAAUUGUUUUUGAUUACCAGAGUAAGCUACAGAAGAAGCUGGUUUGCUUUGCUUAAAAUGAGUGAUUUAAUGUGUUUGGUUCUUAUCGUCUUGAUUAUUCAUGCAGCAGAGAGCUUUUAUCAUUAGAUAUGUUUUAUUGUAUGUCUUUAUUUCCAUUCAGCGUGCAAUACCUUUGCAGCUCAAAGGACAGUGAUGCAGCAUGUGUAUGACUACAUACAUUUUUUUUUUUAUUUCUUUCUGUGUUGUAUUAAGUGAGCAGCGGUGAAAUGGUGGUUUAAAGAAAUUGGGAUUGUUCAAUACAUUUUUCAAGUUCCUGGGUGUCUGUAACUAGUUCAAAACACAGGUAUCAUCUGUGAGUAGCCUAGUCCAUUUUUUUGCUGUUCAAUAAAAAAAAUGUUUUAACAUAGAAUAGAAGGUAAUGUAAAAAAUAAAUAAAUAAAAAAGGAUUUCCAUGUAAUUUUAUAGAAUUUCUAUUCGUACAUAUUUAUUUACAUAGUAUUCAGGGCAGUUAGAGGGAUCAAUGAUGUUGGAAAAAAUAUAAAUAAUGAUAUGCCUGUUUUUUUAUUGGACAGCAGUGAAUUGUAGUUUCAACCGAGCAAACCCAAAAAGAGAUUUUAUUUGUUGUAAAACUACAGUUGUGCAUAAUGAUGUCAUUUGUAUGCUUAAGAUUCCUUGCAUUAAAAUGCAUAUGUCUAUUCUU